AUGCAGCGUUUUCUACCGUCCGGCCGACGACUAGCCCCGCAGCAUCUGUGUGCAAUGAUGCUCGUGCUAGCGAUCGGCAUCAGCGGGGCACGCUCACGACGGACGUCGCAUGUCGGCAGCGGCAACAAGGAGCUCGUGCAAAUCUCGUGCAUCCUGCCGAACAACACGCACAUGUACGCGCACAUCCCGCGCGUCCGGCCCGCGCUCGACAUCGCCAACGACUACAUCGUCAGGCAUCGCCUGCUACCCGACCACCAGCUCGAUUUCACGUACGCCGACUCGCGCUGCUCGCCGACGUACGCGCAAAUCGAAGCGAUUGAUUUCUACAUGAAGGGGAAGACGCGCGCUUUCUUCGGUCCCGUGUGCGACUACGCUGCGGCUGCCAUCGGUCGCAUCAACUGGCACUGGGACAUCCCGCUACUGACUCCGGGCGCUCUUGUGCAAGACUUCGGUGAGAAUAAGACGGUGGCCGGUGCGCAGUUUCCGAUGGUAACGCGCGUCGGCGCCUCGUUCGAUUCCAUGUCGGGCUUCGUCGUGACGAUGAUGACGCAGUUCGGGUGGCGUCGCGUGAAGGGCCUCUACGAGCGGCACACCAACACGGAGGUGAUGGAUGAGAAUUUCUGCUACCUCGCCAUGAACGCGCUCUACGCCGUCAUCGCUCGCAACGGCCUGCCGAUCGGGACCGAUGAGGGGUCGACGUUCUUCGAGAUGCCGACGAGCCAGGACAAGGGAGACGUUCUGCGCAAUGAGGUCGGAGUUAAGUACGCCGGUAAGUGA